AUGGGCAGCAGAGCCAAUUUUGGAUGUCCAGUCUUGCAGAUUGGUAUUGUUUUUCUUUUGUUGUGUGCGGUUUCAUUGGGAGAAAUAAAUGGUUCGUCAAUAAAUAUCGGUGCUAUAAUCGCGUUGGACACAACCAAUGGAAAAAUAGCUAAGACUGCUAUUGAAUUGGCGGUUGAAGACGUAAACAAAAACACCAGCGUUCUGAAUGGCACGCUCCUCAACCUUCAUAUCCGAGACUCCACACAAGAUCCACUUGCAGGCGCUUCUGAAGCGUUGGAACUGCUAAGAGAAGAAUGUGUGAGCAUAGUCGGCCCACAAACUUCCGUGGUAGCUGAGUUCGUGGCGUAUUUGAGCGUUGCAGCGCGCGUUCCAAUUGUAACAUUUGCCGCAACGAAUCCCUCUCUGUCGAUGCAUCAAUACCCUUACUUCAUUCGUAUGGCACCCAGUGAUUCAAUGCAUAUGCGUGCAAUAGCAAAGCUCAUACAAAACUACAGGUGGAGGGAUGUGGCGCUGGUCUAUGUAGAUGACGAUUUGGGGACGGGGGCUAUCCCCGCCUUAAACGAUGCCUUACAAGAUGUGGGGGCAAAAAUUGUUUUCCAAGCUGCAGUCUCUCCUCUGGCCAAUAGCUCCGCAAUAAGAAGGGUUCUUGAAGAUAAAAUGAUGACGCUGGAAUCUCGAGUAUUUAUUGUACAUAUGCAUCCUGAUUUGGCUUUAAUCCUAUUUUCCGAGGCGGACAAAUUAGGAAUGAUAAGCAGUGAUUAUGUAUGGAUCAUUACCGAUGGAUUUGCCAGUCUAUUAGAUUCCUUCAACGCUAGUUCUCUCCUCUCUAUGAAGGGUGUGUUGGGGGUCAAAAGAAAACUCAAUCAAACAGACGAGCCAAGGCAGAAGGAUUUUGCUGAAAGAUGGGAGGAGCGGUUUAGAACCGAGAAUCCUACAAUACCAAGACUGAAAUUAAAUUCCCGCGCACUCGUUGCAUAUGAUACGGUAUGGGCGGUUGCUUUUGCAAUCGGUCGUCUUCUGCGUCAGGGAUCGUUUAAUGGUGGUUUCUCAGCGGCCUCUAGCAGCACCAAGAUUUUAAAUUUCAAGGCUUUUGACGGUGGAGAGCAAUUGCUUAAUCAGAUCCUACAGACAAACUUUCUAGGCCUGAGCGGCCCUGUUCAAAUAAGUCGUCAAACGGGAGAACCUUCGGGGUGCUCAUACGAUAUAAUAAAUGUUGUUGACAAUAGAUAUAAUGUAGUUGGGUCGUGGACAGAAAGGGGUCUGAAUAUAUAUUCCGAACAGGCAGUCACUUGGGGUGAUGGAUCAACAAAGACGCCACGUGGGUGGGAGAUACCUUUGCCAGGCAAGAAACUAAAAAUAGCAGUGCCUUGGGACCGAGGGUUUACACAAUUCGUCAGGGUAAAACCAGAUCAACCCAACCAGACUAAUUAUGAAGUUACAGGCUUCUGUAUUGAUGUAUUCAAAUCGGUGCUCAAAAGAUUGGGUUAUGAGUUGCCCUAUGAAUUGAUACCUUAUGGAACUGGCAAUAUCACUGCGGGCUACUAUGAUGACCUCGUCUACCAGGUCUAUCUCAAGAAUUAUGAUGCGGUAGUGGGAAAUGUAGCAGUGAUUGCAAAUCGGAGCAAGCAUGUGGAUUUCACACAGCCUUACACGGAGACGGGAGUGAUAAUGGUAGUAGCAAAUUCAGAUGGAAGAUCAAGCGACCCUGGGGCAUUCCUGCGCCCAUUUACCCCAGCCAUGUGGAUGACUACUGUUGCAUUUUUCCUCUUUACAGGAGCUGUCGUUUGGUUUCUGGAACACAAGCAGAAUAGGGAAUUCAGAGGAAAUCCUCGGGAUCAAAUCUUGACAUUCAUCUGGUUUUCCUUUUCCACGCUCUUCAUGACUCAAAGCGAGAGGAUUGUAAGCAGUCUGGGAAAAGUAGUGGUGAUAAUAUGGCUUUGUGUAGUUUUGGUGUUAGUAUCUAGUUAUACUGCCAACCUGUCCUCAAUGCUUACUGAGAGAGAAAUUGUACCAAAGGUUUACAGCCUUGAAUAUCUUAUUGCCCAAAAUUUGCCAAUCGGGUAUCACCGGGGAUCUUUCAUAGACAAGUUUUUGGAACAGCUGGGUGUGAAUAAAAGCGUGCUUCACCCGUACUCAUCUCUAAAUGAGUACGAAUUUGCACUGGAGAAGGGACCCAACAACGGAGGGGUAGCCGCCAUAUUUGAUGACGAAAUUAUUUCUCAACACACAUUUCUUUCAAAAGGAUGCAAUGCCUAUGCGAAAGUUGGUCCUACGUACAGAACUGGAGGCUUCGCAUUCGUGUUUCCAAAGGGGUCACCGCUGGUUUCAGACAUUUCCAAGGCUACAUUAAAUCUUUCAGAAAGCACAGAGAUGCAAGAAAUUCGGAACAGAUGGUUCAAUUCAAGGGAAAGCAAAUGCAACGAGGAGGUUGAUGGAUUGGAUUCAAACAGAUUGAGCCUCGACGACUUUUGGGGUAUAUUUUUGCUGACAGGAUGCGUGUCGUUUUUCAGCCUCUUCUACUAUUUCUGUCGCCUACUUUACAGAUUUCUGCACAGUAAUGAGAAUUCAUCUCAUGUUAAUUCCAUGUCCUCCCGAUUGCGAAUGUUUGCUAAUUAUGCAGACGAGAAGGACAUCCCAGCACCAAAAAGAAAGAGAUCUGAGACCGCCAUUUCAUCUGAUGGAACCCCCGCCUCAAAAUCCUCUGAAAUCACUUCAGAAUUGUGUAAUUUACCCACUAAAACUACAUCGGAGUUAAAGUUAAAUGAUCAUAUCCAUGACAAUUAA